AUGCAGACUGCUUUUACAAACAUUUGUGAAAGAAUGGGUCUCUCUCAGGAGCUCAGUGAAUUCCAGUGUGGUACAGUGAUAGGUUGCCACCUGUGCAAUAAGUCCAUCUGUGAAAUUUCUUGCCACUAAAUAUUUCACAGUCAACUGUUACUGGUAUUAUUAUAACCAAGUGCAUGCAACUGGGAACAACAGCAACUCAGCCACAAAGUGAGCGGAGCCAGCGCAUGCUGAAGCGCACAGUGUGCAGAAAUCCUCAACUGUCUGCAGAGUCAAUAACUAAAGACCUCCAAACUUCAUGUGGCCUUCAGAUUAGCACAACAGCAGUGUGUAGAGAGCUUCGUGAAAUGGGUUUCCAU